AUGGGUGAGCUUGUAAAUGCUGCAAGAACAUUAGGUGAAACAGGAAAUUUUGUAGAUGGUUUUAAAAGACUUGUUUCAAAUGUUUUAACAAACACAAAGAAAUUAUUUAGAUAUACCAUACAUAACGGCCAGAUUUUCGAACAGAUAGCAACAAACCCUCCGGUUAUGGCUGCGUUGAUGAUGGUUAGAGACAUAAAGCCGCGUAGCGGUGAGGGCGAAGCCCACGAAGAAGAGGAGUUAAUGAUUCAAAACAUUCUAUAA